GGGAUGUGUCCCGAAUCGCUUCCUGAGUGCGCGGACGGAAGUCCCUGUGAAGCGGCGGCGCGGCAGUGAUGAGCGCACGGGUGUAGGGAGCGGGGGUGGUUUCGGCUCGAGCCCCUCAGCUGCUCUGCUCCUGCUUCCGCCUCUGAGACGCACACGUGGAGUUUUCCUGUGCAGGAAGCGGCGGAGGCGCCAUGAGCUCGAGCGGCGUGUGCAGAGGAGUGAUGAGAGGAGGAGUGAUGAUGAGAGGAGUGAUGAGAGGAGGAGUGAUGAUGAGAGGAGUGAUGAGAGGAGGAGUGAUGAUGAUGAUGAUGAUGCUGUGUGCCGCCUGCGUGCUGGGUAAGAGCGCGCGCGCGGAGGAAGUGGACGGGAGGAGGGAGCGCGAGUGUUACAACUACGCAGGAGGCCACGUGUAUCCCGGAGAGGCGACUCGAGUUCCGGUCUCUGAUCACUCACUGCACCUCAGCAAGGCCAAGAUCUCUAAGCCGGCGCCGAGUUGGGAGGGAACUGCCGUCAUCAACGGGGAAUUUAAAGAGCUGAAACUCUCGGACUAUAGAGGCAAAUAUCUGGUGUUCUUCUUCUACCCUCUCGACUUCACGUUCGUCUGUCCCACUGAAAUCAUCGCCUUCAGUGACAGAGUCCAUGAGUUUCACGCCAUUAAUGCAGAUGUUGUGGCCUGUUCAGUUGACUCGCAGUUCACACACCUGGCCUGGAUUAACACACCCAGGAAACAGGGAGGACUGGGACCAUUGAAGAUCCCCUUGCUGUCUGACCUCACACACCAGAUCGCCAAAGACUACGGAGUCUAUCUGGAGGACCAGGGACACACACUCAGAGGUUUGUUCAUCAUUGAUGAUAAAGGCACACUGCGUCAGAUCACCAUGAACGACCUGCCUGUGGGACGCUCAGUGGAUGAAACACUCCGUCUGGUUCAGGCUUUCCAGUACACUGACAAACAUGGAGAAGUUUGUCCAGCUGGCUGGAAACCUGGCAGUGACACGAUUAUUCCGGAUCCCUCGGGCAAGCUGAAGUACUUUGACAAACUGAACUAACUUCCCUGUGUGUUAAUCUCAGCAAAAAAUGAAGUUUGAUAAUUUUGAGUUUUGUCUGAAACGACAGCAUUGUUUAUAACUGUGUGAGAGAGAAAUGUGUGACUCUCCUGUUCAUUUCAGUUUUAGUUCUGUGUUAGUGAGACAGAAACACACAUCCCCCCGUGACAUGAGUAUCAUUAUGGUCUGAUAAAUGAAAUAAAAGUUGUCGUUGGUUA